UUUAUAUAAAGUCUUCCCUCCCCAGCAAACUAAAGCACCAGUCUCCCUUUCUGGGUUUCCUUAAUCAUGGAUCUCAAUAUGAGUGUUUCUGCAAUAGGACUCGCAAUCUUUUUGUUUACUGUGUUGCUCUCCUUUCUAUUGGGAUGGGCGAGAAAAAACAACGGGAGAUUGAGUUUGCCAGGACCAUUAGCGCUGCCCAUCAUUGGAAACCUCCAUCAGUUGGGAGCUCUUCCUCACCGCAGUCUGCAACGGCUGGCUGAGAAACAUGGGCCAAUCAUGUUGGUGAAGAUGGGUUUUGUUCCCGUAGUGGUUGCGUCUUCUUCUGAGACGGCGAAGCACUUCCUGAAAACCCACGAUUUGAAUUUCGCCAACAGGCCGUCUAUUGCCGCUGCCAAAUACCUGUUUUACAAUCACAAGGACAUCGUGUUUGCUCCCUACGGGGAUUAUUGGCGAAACAUGAGAAAAAUAUGCAUGUUGGAGCUGCUGAGUGCCCAGAGAAUCGAGUCGUUCAAUAGUGUGAGGGAGGAAGAGGCGCUGGCGAUGGUCCGAUCGAUCUGGGAGAAGAGUGAGGAAGGCAGAGUGGGCGUGGAUGUGAGCCAGAGCGUCGCCUGCUACAUCUCCGACUUGAUGUGGCGAAUAUUGACGGGAAGGACAAACGCCGACUGCCUCUCCGGUGGGACUGCGUUUGAGGAGUUGGUCUGGGAGGGUAAUGUGUUGAUGGGAGCUGUUAAUAUUGGCGAUUUCAUUCCUUGUUUGGAGUGGCUCGAUUUGCAGGGACUGAGGCGACGUAUGAAGAAUGUCCACCAGCAGUUGGAUGCUAUUUUUGACAAAAUAAUAGAUGAACAUGUGGAGCGCAAGGGGAGGCGCAGCGUGGAGGAGGAGGAGGAGGAGGAGCGGCAGAAAGACUUGAUUGAUGUGCUUGUGGAUAUGGAUAUCACAGAUGAAGAUAAGAAGGGUAUCAUUAUGGAUAUGUUUCUUGGUGGAAUAGAGUCAUCCGCAAUCACAUUGGAAUGGGUAAUGAGUGAGUUAUUGAGAAAUCUACAUGUCAUGAAGAAAUUGCAAGAAGAAAUUGAUUUUAUAUUAAAAAGAGAUGAGAAAAUAACAAACUCGCAUAUUGCAAGCAUGGAAUACUUGCAUUGUGUGGUGAAAGAGACAUUAAGAUUAUAUCCAAUAGGCCCCUUGCUCAUUCCCCGCGAAUCUACAGAAUCUUGUGUUGUGGAAGGACCUCAUCAUGACUACUUCAUACCAGCAAGAACAAGGGUUAUCAUUAAUGCUUGGGCGAUAGGAAGAGAUCCAAGAGUUUGGAAAGAUCCAUUUGAAUUUAGGCCUGAGAGAUUUGUGAGCAAAAAUUUUGAUAUAAUUAGAGAUCUUGAAUUAAGAAUGAUUCCUUUUGGAGCAGGAAGGAGAGGUUGCCCUGGUGCUUCCAUGGCCAUUGCUAAUAUUGAGCUUGCAUUAGUACACCUUCUCCAUUUCUUUGAUUGGAGAUGUGAAGGAGAGUUAGACAUGAGAGAAUCUUUUGGAUCUACUAUUCCAAGGAAAACACAUCUCUUUGCUAUUCCAACUUGGAGGUUAAGGGUGAAUGCACCGUCUUGCCUCAAAAUUUAAUUACAAUUGAAAAUGUUGAGUACAUAUUGACUUGAAUUAUGUAAAAUAUGAGCAUUAAUUAUAAAUAAAUAUUAUUAUCAUGAUGAAA